ACACAAUGGCUUUACUUCCAAGGGUAAAUGUUCCUGGGCCAGGAAGCGGUCAAAUUCCCUUCCUGCUCUACGGGACGGCUUACAAGGAGGACAGGACUGCAAAGCUUACUGAGCAGGCGCUAAAGAGCGGGUUCCGGGGGGUGGACACGGCGAAUUACCCCACUGCCUACAACGAGCCCCUCGCUGGCGAUGGGAUUGCCGCAGGCCUUGAAUCCGGCAUCGAGAGGAAUGAUGUUUUCAUACAGUCCAAGUUCACGCCACUCUGGGCGCACGACAAGGACAAGAUCCCCUUCAACCCGGAUCAGGACAUCGAAGCGCAAGUGAGGGAGUCUGUGGGGCUUACCUUCGAACAUUUGCGCGUUAAACGGCUUGACGCGCUUCUGCUCCACGCCCCGUACCCGGACGACGAGGACAACGUCCGAGCCUGGAAAGUGCUCGAGACCUUUGUGCCCGAAAAGGUCGACCGUCUCGGCGUCUCCAAUAUGGGCCUUCAGCAGCUCGAGGCCAUCUACAAAGCGGCCACCGUCAAGCCCGUCAUUGUGCAGAACCGCUUCUACAGGCCGACCGGCUACGACCACGACGUCAGGGGCUUCUGCGAGGCCCACGGCAUCCUGUACCAGGCCUUUUAUAUCCUCGCCCACAACCCCGAGCUCCUCGGCUCCGACGUCGUCGAUUCGACUGCACGCGAGCUCGAGGUCGACAAGGAGGUCGCCCUCUACCUGCUCAUUCUCUCGCUUGGCAUCAUGCAGGUCCUUGACGGCACAACUCGUGUCGAGGCCAUGCUGGAGGACGUUGCCGCGGUCAAGACCAUUCUUGGCGACGAGGACAAGGUCAAGUCGCUCGAGCCGUUCGUGGCUGCGUUCAAGACGCUUAUCCGCGAGCUGGCCAUGAGCCCACCUGAGACGUGA